CGACUCUCCAGGGUCCCCUGUCGGUAGUCACGUGGGCUAUUCACCUAGGCCCGUGCGCUGAGGCACUGCUCCUGCGUACCGUUUACAUACCUCCGGUUUAAACUCUCGUUGAUCUCAUUCGUGGCCAGCCUCAUUCGCUCUACCAAGUCCGGUAGCGAUUGAACGGAAAACGAUCUGGAUGUGCCAUCCAACCGUGACAUCGUCGUACAAUCCGAGGACACGCCCGCCUUGUUCGGAGUCGACCCACUACCAUUGUCGGCGGUUGAUCAGGAGGUGUUGACGACGCAGGACGCGGUUGAAGGGACAGGCGCAACGCCCCACAUCGUCUAGUCGCUGAGGCGAUGGCCGCAAUCGACUACGACAAUGAAAUCGAGAGUCAGCGGGCCUGCCUACCCUGAACAGGCAGAUUAUGCCAGGCCCAUCGUCCUCACUGGGACCACAUCUAUCUUCUACAAGAUCCCCGUCGCCGCUGAUCUUGUGCGCCACGUGCGCCGCGGCACGUACCCGUCAAUAAUGACCGUUCUUUCCGCACAUGUCCCGGUGGUCCCAAAACCCCUUCGCCGUUACAGUGUAGGCAUGAAGCCCCUUGAUACUAGACAGGCGAUUAUUCGCUGCUACGAGGCGUUCAGAAGUGUCGUGGGUACUAUAUCAAGCACGCACUCCUCAUGAUUGCGGACAACUCGCCAUCGGAGUUGAUACUCGGAGGGAACAGUCGGCAGCUGCCGCGGAAUCCGAGCGAGAAGGUACACUCAGGGAAUAGCUCCUGCAGCGACCAAACGCCGGUUUCGAUUCCCAUAGAGCGAUCGAGCGAGGUGCGUGUUAUGCUUGUACGUGGUGGGACACUACAUGGGCAUGUGGGACGGGCAAACUCGAGAUGUUCGGCGGUUGUGUACUGUGUCGCAGCCUGAACAAUAUUGCACCUCAAUGGUACCCCGCGCACUGAUGAUCCA